CUCGCACACAACAGCUAUACUGUGGGAUGGAUCUGCGCUUUAGACGUGGAGUUGGCAGCAUCAGUGGCAAUACUGGAUUAUGAGCUCCCGAAACUUUCUCAGGUCCAAGGAGACACAAACACUUACGUUCUAGGCCGAAUCGGCCAGCAUAACAUUGUUCUUACAUGUCUUCCAGCGGGGACAACGGGUACAAACGCUGCAGCUAAUACCGCGACCAACAUGCUGCGUAGCUUUCCAAACAUCCACUUUUGCUUGAUGGUAGGCAUUGGAGGCGGGGCUCCAAGUGUUCCCAGCGAUGAUCCGCGCAAGGAUAUUCGGCUUGGAGAUGUAGUUGUCAGCUGGCCAUCAGCAAAUUUUGGUGGCGUUUUACAAUACGAUUUUGGAAAAACCAUGAGCGAAGGCAAAUUUGUUCACACAGGCGUUUUAAACAAGACGUCUAUAGUAUUGCGCAGUAGCGUUUCCGCUUUGCGAGCGCGCCAUCGAAUAGAAGAAAGCCGCGUUCCCCAGUAUAUUGUUCGUAUGCUUGAGUUGAACAGAAAGAUGCAAAGAGAAUUUUCCCAUCCUGGCUUGGAGCAUGAUCAGCUAUUUCGAGCGGACUACGAACACCCAAGUGGAAAACCAACCUGCCUCUCUUGCGAUAUAGAAGCCUUGGUACUUCGGAAACCUCGCGAAAAUACAAAUCCAAUUAUUCAUUACGGUCUUAUUGGUUCGGCGAACCAAGUCAUGCGACAUGGAGUAACUCGAGAUCAGCUUCGUGACGAGAAGAAUAUCAUCUGUUUCGAGAUGGAGGCUGCGGGGCUUAUGGAUGUCUUCCCUUGUCUCGUUAUCCGGGGAAUUUGCGACUAUGCUGACUCGCACAAAAACAAACGGUGGCAGCCGUAUGCUGCAGUAACGGCGGCCGCUUGCGCCAAAGAAGUUCUUCAAUUUGACAACGCCCGAUAUGAUAAGAUCUCCAAUGAAUGCGAGAGAUCUUUUGAAUGGAUUUGGAAACAUAAUGAGUAUAAGACCUGGUCUGCUUCAAAUACCUCUAAACUCUUCUACAUCCAAGGAAAGCCUGGCAGUGGCAAAAGUACCCUCAUGAAAUAUUUUAACCGGAAUCUGCAACAUAAAGAUUCAGCUGCUCAACAAGGCAUUGUGGCAAGGUUCUUCUAUAGUUCCAGAGACGGCGAACCUCAAAGAAGUCACUACAAUAUGCUUUUAUCGAUUUUGUACGAGAUUCUGCACCAAGACGAGGGCUUCUUUUAUCAUCAAUUUCAAACCGAAUAUCGGACGCAACAGCUUGAAAAACUCCCUUCCACGUGGGACUAUGAUUCGCUAAAGGAAAUGCUCAAAUCGUUACAAGAUUAUCGGACCAACAAACGAUAUUACUUGAUCAUUGACGCGAUAGAUGAAUCAGAACCAAAUGAUAGGCGCGAGAUUCUUGGCUUACUCUUCGACCUAUGUUCUAAAAUGAAACACUCUGUUGUGAAGAUAUUUAUAGCCAGCCGCCCAGUUGCACAGCUUGAAUCUCGCAGAGAUCAAUUUCAUAGUUUCAUCAAGCUAGAUGCUGAGACAAGAUCCGAUAUUUAUAACUAUGCACAGUCGCAAUUACAUGGCCUCAAUUCAACGGAACUUCUCACCCAAGCAACUACUCAUAUCCUCGAAAAUGCUCAGGGUGUGUUUCUAUGGGUAAAGCUAAUUAGUGAGCAGUUAAUAAAGGCUCAUGAAGAGGGUCUUUCGGAAGAAGAAAUAUUCCGAUUACUUAAACAGCUUCCUACUGAACUCGAAGAUCUCUACAAACUCAUGCUGGAGAAAAUGGAACACAACAACGCUUCUCUCUUGUAUGGAGCAAGGAUGUUUGAAUUUAUUCUUUUUGCAAGACGCCCGCUCACAGUUGAUGAACUCCUUCAUGCUCUUGGUAUUCUAAACACCGCUGACUCCGAUUCUAAACUCAUCCCAUCCGAUGCUCUUUUUGAAAAGCAUAUUCCGACGUCUGAUCGGAUCAUCCUUUCAGGCGGUGGUAAUUUUUUAGAACUUAGGGAGCAUAAUGGCAAAAGAUUUGUUCAGAUUAUGCAUCAAACUGUUCGCGAAUUCUUCCUCAGUCCUGACGGGCCUGUCGCAAACUCAAAGUUCUCGGUAUCCGAGACAUAUGGACAUAUUCACAUGGCUAUCAGUUGCAUGCGAUAUCUCUCGGUUUGCGCUGCAAAUACAUGUCUAGCGAAAGAAUUACCGGAAUUUAAAUCUUGGGAUAUACUGCAAUACAAGGAUUAUUGCCAAUAUCUCAAUAGAAGACCGCUAGCAUCAUAUGCCCUUAGCUACACCAACAAUAACAAUACACAAGACGCUGCCGCAAUGAAUUUCAGAUGUGAACUCUUGCGAGUUGCAUCUAUAUACGGAUUCAGUACUGCAGCUGAGGUCGUAUUACUAGCCGAAACGGACAUAGAUAACCGGGAUAAAGAUGACCGAACGCCACUCUUUUUGGCCGUCGAUAAUGGGCAUGAGGCUAUUGCGAAGUUGCUGCUUGAUAAAGGCGCCGACGUCCAUAUAAAGGAUAAUCAUGACCAGACACCCCUUACCAGAGCUGUUGUUAAAGGACACCAAAACAUUGUCACAUGGCUGUUUGGUCGUGGUGCUUCUAUUGAAGAAGGAUAUUAUGACCGAACGCCGCUUUCAUGGGCUGCUGAAAACGGUUACUUGGCUAUUGUUGAAUUCUUAAUCGAGAAAGGUGCCUACAUUGGGCACGCCGAUCACAGGGGCAGAACGCCGCUGUUUUGGGCUGCUGAGUGUGGCCACUUGGCUAUUGUUGAACGCCUACUUGAAAAAGGUGCUGAUAUCGAAAAAUCAGCUAGUCCUAACGGAACGCCGCUGUUACAGGCUGUCAAGCAAGGCCACUUGGCUAUUGUUGAAUUGCUGGCUGAGAAAGGUGCCAGUACUGAAAAGGAGGAUAUUUCUGGCAAAAGCCCACUUUUAGUGGCUGUUGAGCAUGGCCACUUGGCUAUUGUCAAGUUUCUAGUUGAGAAAGGUUCCAGUAUCGAAUACUCCGGUCGGUUUUGGUCGACACCUCUUUCACGUGCGGCUCAGUAUGGCUACUUAGCUAUUGUUGAAUUUCUGGUUGAAAAAGGUGCCAAUAUUCAU